AUGUUACUAUGUAUUAACUGGUUGAAGCCUUUCCUUGCCUUGUUGUUUUCCACCUUGCUUAAACAAGGCCAGAAUUGUCCAACCAGCUGUUUGUGUCCAGACCACCACACUGUGAACUGCUCUGGCCAAGGUCUAACUGGAGUACCAGAUUCCAUUCCUCUGGACGUUCGCCGUCUCCUACUAUCCAACAACUGGAUUCCAUGGAUCCCUUCUGACUUCCUGGUCCUUUACACAGAUCUGGUGUAUUUGGACCUAAGGAAUAACUCCCUUUCCCAGCUGGAGCCAGGGACCUUGAGCACUUUUUCAAGAUUAGUCUUCUUGGACUUGGGAAACAAUAACCUGACUGAAAUCCCCUCAGGAACAUUUGGGGAAUCAAGGAGUCUGAUUAAACUACGACUAGGGGACAAUCCCUAUCUAACUAUGGUAAGCAGAGAUGUUUUUACAGGGUUGACGUCUUUGAGGGAAUUGGAGCUGGAGAGGAAUGGUCUCACAGGGCUGGAUGUCAGGGUCCUGGAACUUUUGCCCUCCCUUAACAUGGUGCGUUUGGAGGGCAACCCCUGGCUUUGCAACUGCCACUUUGCCAAAUUGUUUGUAUGGCUGACAAAUAAUCAGCAUAAGCUCCCAACAGGUUUGGAAGGGAUAGAUUGCACCCUGCCUCUGGAUGGACGUCGGGUACCACUGAGUUUACUUUCUGAAGACAGUUUCAGACCGUGCCAUAGGAUUCUCACCCUCGCUGACUACCUCAUUGUCAUCUUUUCUGGCAUCUGUGUUUCUGUGGCUGCCAUCAUGGCCAGCUUUUUUCUUGCUUCCACAGUCCACUGUUUCCAGCGUCUUAGCAAAAUCAGUAAAGGAGAUGAGGGAGAAGGAAAUGACUGAUGGUCACAGAAGAAGGGGAAAUGGAUUAUUAGGAGCAUGCCAGUAUCCAAUAAGAAAGCUCAACAAAAAUGAGAGCAAACUGGAGAAGGUGAAAAUGCUGUGUUAAAUAAUACUGCCAUGAAAACACAGGAACAGAAAAACCUUUAGCAGAU